CGACCCGGCCCGGCUGCCCCGGCCAUGCUGUCGUGGGGAGCGGCGGCCAGGCGGGCGCUGCGCUGGGCGAGCGGGCGGGCACCGGCCCGCGGGCUCCGCGUCUCUCCGCGGGCGCGGAUCGCCAUGCCCAGCUGGGUCAUAGACCGGUACGGCAGCAACGAGGUGCUGCGCUUCACCAGGGACAUGAUGUUCCCCAUCAUACACUUCCCGAACGAGGUCAUCAUUAAGGUUCACGCUGCGAGCCUGAACCCCAUCGACCUCAGCAUGAGAAGUGGUUAUGGUGCAACCGCGUUAAAUAUGAAGCGGGAUCCCCUAAAACUCAAAGUCGGCGAGACUGAAUUUCCUAUAACACUUGGUCGAGAUGUCUCUGGUGUUGUUAUGGAAUGUGGACUGGGUGUGUCUUAUUUCAAACCUGGAGAUGAGGUAUGGGCAGCAAUUCCACCAUGGAAACAAGGCACUCUGUCAGAGUUUGUGGUAGCUAGCGGAAAUGAGGUAUCUUUUAAGCCAAAGUGUCUCAAUCACACAGAAGCUGCUGCCUUACCAUAUGUUGGUCUCACUGCGUGGUCUGCACUUAAACAAGUGGGAGGACUGAACCAAAGUAAUUGUAGUGGGAAAAGAAUAUUAAUAUUAGGAGCUUCAGGAGGAGUUGGUACAUUUGCUGUACAGCUAAUGAAGGCCUGGGAUGCUCACGUUACAGCAGUUUGCUCUCAAGAUGCCAGCACACUGGUGAAAAAGCUUGGAGCAGAUGAUGUGAUUGAUUAUAAAUCUGGGAAUCUGGAAGAGCAGCUUAAAACAUUACCCUUGUUUGAUUUUAUCCUAGAUAAUGUUGGUGGAUCCACUGAGAAGUGGGCACUAGAUCUCUUGAAGAAAUGGUCAGGAGCAACAUAUGUUACUUUAGUGACACCUUUCCUGAUCAAUAUGGACAAACUUGGAGUAGCUGAUGGAAUGUUGCAAACAGGAGUCACUGUUGGUUCCAAAACUCUAAAGCAUCUCCUUAAAGGCGUCCAUUAUCGGUGGGCAUUUUUCAUGCCAAGUGGCCCAAGUUUGGAUGAAAUAGCAGAAUUGGUUGAUUCUGGAAAGGUGACUCCAUCGUUUUUCUCUUCUGCAACUCAGGCUUUGCCAGCCAGCCACACGGUGAAGCUGACAAGGCUCUUCAGUCUCCCAGCUGUGCACAAGGCUCGGAACAGCAGCCAGCAACAAGCAGGGGGAGCUUCUCUUUUGCUUGGCAGACACUUGGAAAAAACCCCUCACAAACUGUCUACACAUCUCCCAUGUUUGGAAAGUGGGGUCUUUUUCAGGUCCAAGACUCAGAAAUUUAUCUAAUAAAAACCAUCUGAAACACCAGACAAAAAACAUACCCUUGGUGCUUCAAGAAGCAAAACCAUCAAGUUCCCUGGAGAAGAGGGAGGAGAAAUAUCCAGAAUUACCUCUGAUGAGCCUUUUAAAAUAACAAAUUUCUCCACAGGCAACACAAAAAACCAAAAAAAUCUUGAUGUUUUUUUAAUCUGAACUCUAGUUGCUAAAUAUUUUGGGGCGUAGUUUGUUAGAUUUUUCAGACUUCUCAAAAGCUAAACUUUUAAACCUCUGUUUUCCUCUGAGACAAUUUUUUUUCCUCACAGCAAAUGUACCCUAGAAAGCAAAUUGGUAAAAGGAAAAGAAAAAAAAAAGUGGAGGGGAGGAGAAUUGUAAAGAUAGGAGAGGAAGUUUUCAUUUGCACGUCAUAAGAUAUGAUUCAGAGUAAUUUAUGAUGCCAAAAUUCCAUCAUAAAAAAGAAAAGUUUGUAGUAGAAAACAUUACAUUUAUUUAAAUCGUUAGAUAUUAUUUGUAACCACAACGAACUGAAGACUUAGCUGGUGAAAUGUUGCCCACUGUGAUUUUGAAAAUUAUAUUAACUAGUUUGUAGCAGCAGUCUUUUACAAUCUCUAAAUCUUAUUCAAACAGUAGUUUAGGCAGUUUGGUUUUUUAAGUGGAUCAUGCUUUGCUUUUGCAGAUCUUCAGCCAUGGCAGGCUGAGUGCUUGUUUUAAAGAGGUGAGGGAAGAAGCAUUGCAGCUUAUUCAUUCUAAUUCAGUUCUUGAGACAAUAAAACCAGAAAGAUGAAAUUUUUCAUGACUACCCCCUUCAAACCCAUUAUUACACUGCAGCUGGCACUACAGAGCAAUAAAUUACACAUAUAUGUAUGCAUAUACACAUUCCUAAUUGUCAUACGCAUUAUAUAGCUUAAAAAGUGGCAAAAGCCUGGUCAGGAGGAAUGGACUAUUAGCAAAAGCUUUGUGUCGCAACCUCCUCAGAUCUGAGGGUGCUCAGGUGUACUGUGAGCCACCUGGUCACGUAGCAUGGCAAAAUGGAAAGAGGGCUACGCCCAAGGAGAGAGCAGAGCCAGCUGCCAAAGUCCUGAAAACCAUUCCAACACAUUGCACAAGUAUGGAAAGGGUACAAGAAAAGCAUGGUGCAGAACAAGUCCUCAGCUGUCCACACUGCAGAUCACUGCACAGCAGCCCAGCACGGAGACCAGAAACAAAGCCCUGGUCAUUCAAAGAGCAACUUCACAGGACUGCACUCACCAAGGGAAAGAGGAGGGAGGAGUACACCCUUAGGAAGAAAGCAGUAAAGUGCCGGAUGUCAUCCUAAGGAAAAGUUACAUGGUAGCAUAAGUAACACCAGUGCAAUGUUGAAAUGCUAUGUAGCUGCGUGUUUGGCAUGAUGAUACACAGAGGUGGGGCAGAUAAAGGAUGGUCACCGAUAAUACCAGACUGCCUGGUGCACACUCCCAUGUCACCAUUACCAGAGUCAUUAUGUACUGUCAAUGCUUGAUCAUUGAUGACAGACCUCCUAAAUAAUUUGCAAUGCAUUAAGGGUUCAUUGCCUUCCCUGGGCAAUACCACACUGAGUAUGUGGCUGUCCACAUUAUCUCACUCCUGCAAAGCGCAGACGUGUGCUGGUUUGAUAGACCUUUUAUUUUGUCCCUGCUUGGGAGCCUGUAGUUUAUUCAGCAGCCCAGCCCUGAAGGCCUCAGCACUAUCACAUUCCUGGAGCACUGCUCACAUGACUUGAGGCCACCAUUAAUCCUCUCUAAAAGAAACACAUGCUCAUCCACUGCUUCCACUAAAUUUGUUCACAAUAUUACAUGGAGCGUGCAAUAACUCAGAUGAAAUUCAAUUCCAAACACAGCUGAAUAUGAACACUAUUCAGGAUUCAGAUCCAAUGUAGAGUUGAACAUAACCUAUUUAUACUUCACCUGCACCAAGGUGAAUAUACUGAAUUGCUCCAAAGGAGAGCUGUCUGAGUGACAUCUGUCUCAAGCUGCUAAUCAAGAUUAAAUACAUGCAAGUUGUCUGAUACAAGUUUGGCUGUUUUUAACUGCGUAUAUAAAACCCCAACAAUUUCCUCAAUACACUUUGUGAGUACUUGAAAGAUGUCUAUCAGAGUAAGAAUUUACUGGUAUCCCUGCCUUCAUAUAUAUUCAAAAGGGGUGAAGGGAGUCUUCUUCACCCAGUACAUCCACUGCUAUCUCGAAUGCCAAAGUAUUGGACUACAACAGAGAUUCCUCCUGCACCAAUAUUCCAGGACCUAUGCUCCUUCUAUGAAAAUGAUACAUAACUCCAUGCCGUCUUCCCUCCUGUGUUUUGCCCUUCUCUAAGGCCCAUGUUUGUUGUCAGCUGUGGUCCUGUACACACACAAUCAACCAUAACUUAGAUGCUCCCCUACUAAUCUCACUGAAAAGCAGCAGAAAUAUAAAAGAUGCUUUCAAUGUCUCUCUGAACCAGCCAUAAGAAUGGGACAUAACCUAACCUAGAUGUUAUUUUUAGGAAAUAAGAGAGUUAGUGUCUUAAGCCAUGUUGGAAACAGCAAAAUUAAAACCUUUGUAAUGAAAUGAAUUUGUGGUUCAAAUGGGGAUAAGAGGAAUAAUGAGCUGGGAAUAUGAAAAAAAGUUAACCGACAAGGAAAUUGCCAUGAUGCCAUCAGUCUAGUCAGCAGCACAGUAUUUUAUUAAGCAGAGAAGUAAUUUUGUUGAGCAACACUCAGAGAGGUUUUGUCAUGGAUAGCUGAGAACCUCUCUUGUGUAAUUAGCUAUAGAUUUCCAGACUUUUUGGAAGACAAAAGGAUGACCGUGUCUUCAGUGGGCUAAAGCAAAAUCAAGCUGAUGCCCAAGCUUUUUGACAUGGGGACUUCUCAGAAUUUUGGUCCUCUGCCUACACAGUGAGUAUGACACUGCAUGUAUAAUUAGUUGCUUGAUUCUUCUGUCUUCACUGUUAGCAAAUAUGUCUGAAUUGAGGCCACCUGUCAUCUUCCUCUGUCAAAGAAUGGUGUCUUUAUAUCCAGAACAUCUCCACUGCAGUGUUAUGAAUGCUUGUAUCCUGGGAAACCUGAGCAGAAUGAUGCUUGACCAAAGGUUUGUAUCAUCAUGGAUACUCUAAACUAAUGGAUCUUUGAUUCUGUCGUGUGUCUCAGACUGAUCAAUCGUGUUAGAAAGGCAAUUCUACUAUGAAUUGUUUACUCUUUCAGGGAUGCAAUUAUCAGAAUUGUAGUUCUUCAAGCAGAAACAUAAAAUCAACUGACUCACAGCAGAAUCCUAGAAAAGCACAAACCUUUUAUUAUGUAACUGUAGCAUUUAAAUUACAGAAACCACUUACUCAGUCUUCUGAACACUCCUACUUCCAUUUUUGGGUUAGGUUUCUUUCCUAUCUGCUGUGAAUUUAAUCUAUAAAUAAUUGUUCUUGCUUUGGGGUUUUAGCUUGCUUUUGUGCCAUCUUUUUGAUCUCUCCUGUCUGGUAUCCCUCUUGCCCCCUCUUCCCUCUUCCUAUCGCAUCCUUAACAAAGAACAGACACAGGUAAAGCAAUGGAUGUAAAAUUAGUACAGCCCAAAAGCCAAUGGGCUUAAUGUAGACAAAUUCAUAUCACAUUUCUCUUUAUUUUAUUCCAUAAAAACAGACAUGGUAUCUAGGUUCCAUCAGUGCAAUAAGCCUUACCAAUGCUGACUUACACCUAGAGCUGGCUGCCCAAGUGCCCUCAGCAUUCCUAGAGGUACAACAGCACCCGUGCACUAUUACAAGUAAAUUGCUUGUAUAAGGGCUCUGCUACUUCUACAUUUUUAGGUUCUAAUGCUGAGAAAGGUCUAUGUUAAAGGACAGUACAAAAGCAUAGUUCAGUCUUCCACUCUUAUUUAGUGCUGUUCUUAAGGAAGAGCUUGUCUGCAGGUGGGUUCUUGCUGGCAGGUGGUGUUACACAAAGACUAUCUGGACACGCUGGGGUUAAUUUUGCUUUGUUUCCAGUAUCCUGAGCAUUCCUUUCAGUUAAAUAUACUUACAGCAGUCAACACUGCCAUUAUGUCUCUGUAGACCCUGUUCUUAAAUAUUCUCCCUGAAGAAAAAUGUUUUGAUAGACUUUUAUAUUCCAAUUAUUCCCCCUGUGCUUUGUGGGUUUUAACAUUUGCUGUGCCAUUUCAGUUUACUGGUUUAUGACACUACUCACCAAACACUGUGGACAAGUAAUUUAAUAUACAGUGGCUUCUUGGAACACAAGUGAUUCUGGGAGACACCACUGUGAUUUAAAUUGUCAGCAUUUAAAUUCUGUCCCAGUUCUGCAUUUCCUGGCUUCCAUAAUGAUUUCACUACAUUCUAAAUUCUGCUUUUUUCUUAAUGUUUAUGGUGAU